GGGUUGUUUAUUAAUGGUCUCACUCUCACUCCCACUCUCACUCACACUCGUCCUCUCCAAAGCGUUUACUGAGUAGUAGUUUUGCUCCAAUGGAGAGAUACAGUAGAGUGGAGAAACCGAAGCAAGGUUCUCCGAUUAACGAGAACGAGAUCCGUAUCACCAGCGUUGGACUUAUCCGAAACUACAUCAGCUAUGCCAUCACUCUCCUUCAUGAGAAAGGUGCGGAGGACAUUGUGUUGAAGGCAAUGGGGCAAGCGAUCAGCAAGACGGUGGCUAUCUCUGAGAUACUCAAAAGUAAAGUUCCAGGCUUGCAUCAAGAUGUUAAUAUCAGUUCUAUGAGCAUUACUGAUGUGUUUGAGCCUAUUGAGGAAGGUCUUCUGCCGGUGGAGGUGAUACGACAUGUUUCCAUGAUUUCAAUCACAUUGUCUUUGAGUGAGCUUAAUCAAGACUCUCCUGGGUACCAAGCUCCAGCACAGAUAGAUCAAUCUAAGCCUCAAUAUCAGCCCAAUCGAACCAGUCAAGCCCGUCUUCCUUACAAUGCUUAUGGUGAAGAUUUGUAUGGUCGUGGGAGGGGAGGAGGCAGGGGAAGAGGUGGAUAUGGAAACUACAAAGGGGGUUAUCAAGGGAAGUACAACCAAGGGAACUAUCAAGAAGAUUUUCAAGAAAAUUAUGGCGGGUAUUCAAACUGGAGCAGAGGCCGUGGUCUUGGACGGAGCUAUGGCUAUCGUGGUGCUGGAUAUGGUGGUGGCAGAGAUAGUGGUUAUGGUGGUGGCAGAGAUAGUGGUUAUGGUGGUGCCAGAGAUAGUGGGUAUGGUGGUGGCAGAGGCAGUUAUGGUGGUCGCAGAGAUGGCGGAUACGGUGGAGGCAGAGACCAGGGAUAUGGUGGAGGCAGAGACCAGGGAUACGGCGGAGGCAGAGGAGACGGAUUUGGAGGAAGAAGAGGCGGGUUCCGAGGUGGCAAUAGAGGUGACCGUUAUGUUGGAGGCAGAGAUGAUGGAUAUGGUGGAGGCAGAGGUGGAUAUGGUAGAUACGAAGACCGAGGUGAUGGAUAUGGAGGAGGCCAAGGCGACAUGUAUAAGGGAGGUCGAGGCGUAUAUGGUGGAGGGAGAGGCUAUGGCCGUGGACGUGGAAGAAUGGGUAAUGGUGGUCGUUCAAGGGGUGGUGCUAGUAACCAAAACCAAGCCUAAGUUGUUUCUUAUCCAUUCUCUAAGCUAAAUGGGCAAAUUUGCUUCUCUGCUUUUUUUUUUACCUAAAACUUGUAGCACAAUCAUGUUAGUCUUUGUAAAUCUCCCUUUGGUAUUCAUAUUAAAAAGCCCAAAGCGAGUUUUAAGUAAGGAGGUUCCUUUUUGUUUUCUCA